GCGGAGACUAAAAAAAUGAGUGCACCGAGAGGUGCCGGUGCCUCGUCACCGGUGAACGGAAAACAGGGUAACGACUGGGACGCCCGACGGAGGAGGAAGAUCGCGGACAUCACGCAGGCCCUGGCCGCGAGCCCGGUGGAUGUGGCCGCUCUGAGGAGGAUGGCCAUCAGUGAAGGUGGUCUGCUGACCGAUGAGUUACGCCGUCAGGUGUGGCCUCGGCUUCUCAACGUGCCUCCUCACGUCCUGGAACGACAGCCAGAAACGGUGGAGAGGGAGAACAACAAGGACUACAACCAGGUGCUGCUGGAUGUGCAGCGAUCGCUGCGCAGGUUCCCGCCAGGUAUGCCCGAUGAGCAGAGGGAGGGUCUCCAGGAAGAACUAAUCAACAUCAUCCUCCUCGUUCUAAAACGCAAUACCCAGCUGCACUACUACCAGGGAUACCAUGACAUCGUUGUCACCUUCCUAUUGGUCCUGGGAGAGCACCUUGCAACCGCCCUCGUGGAAAAGCUCUCCACGCACCACCUCAGGGACUUCAUGGAUCCUACCAUGGACAACACCAAACACAUUCUUAACUAUUUGAUGCCCAUCAUUGAGAGGGUCAACCCUGAAGUGCAUGACUUCAUGCAACACGCUGAGGUGGGGACAGUCUUCGCUCUCAGUUGGCUGAUCACCUGGUUUGGCCACGUCCUGUCAGACUUCCGCCAGGUUGUCCGGUUGUAUGACUUCUUCCUGGCCUGCCAUCCGUUGAUGCCUAUCUACUUUGCUGCUGUGAUCGUGCUGUACAGAGAAGACGAGGUGUUGGAGUGCGAAUGCGACAUGGCCAUGGUUCAUCACCUGCUGUCUCAGAUUCCCCAGGAUCUUCCGUACGAGACGCUCAUCAGCCGAGCGGGAGACCUCUUUGUCCAGUUCCCUCCCUCUGAACUGGCCAGAGAGGCCGCCUCACAUGACAGCAUGGCGGCCUCUACCUUUAAGGAUUUUGACCUCGCGUCCACCCAACAGCGACCGGACUCUGUUCUCCGUCGCCGCCGGCGACAGAAACAGGCGGCGCUGGAGCGCUCGGCGGCGGCGGCGGUAGCGUCGGUGGCCCAGCCUUCGGCGGCGCGGCGCUUCGUCCGACUGGCCGUCAUGGGGCUCACGGUGGCUUUAGGGGCAGCGGCUCUCGCGGUGGUCAACUCUGCCCUGGAGUGGGCCCCUAAAAUGGACUUUUUUCCCUGAGCCGCUCCUCUUUUGCUCCCGUGCUCCAGCAGAACUCCUUAAAUGCUGGCGGGUCUUCCCCCCCCCCCCCCCCAACACACACACCAUGCAGUCCAACACUGUCUCCACACCGAACCAGUAAACGCUCCUAUUUUCAACAGUAAGACAACGGCUCGUGCUCUGAAAUGACUGGGCCCAUUCAGUAAAAACGGAAGAGACUGUUUUUAUAAGAACUAUAACUCCUCAUCAAAGUGUAUUUAUAGCUGGUGUUACGAUAAGCUGAUAUUGUGUUAUGCUCACAAAGGUUUAUGCUUAUAGCUUGAUGGACUCAUUACACUUGAAACUGCUGCCAAUUUAGAGGGCUUGAGUGAAUGUACGAGGGAGGGAGUGUGUGUGUGUGUGUGUGUGUGUGUGGUCGCAACCAAUUUGUUAUCUGUUUGAUACCUGGAAUGAGACCAAAUAGAAGAUUUUUAGAAUCCUUUGUAUUAUUUACUGUCUUCUAAUUUAUAGGUAUAUAAGCAGAGGUAAAGAGAGAUGGUUAUGAGACAGAGGCACCUUGUCAAGGUCACAAUUGUAUUAUGUUUUAGGUGCUUUUGCCCAUUUUAAUGUCUUCAAAAGUUUUUUUGAUGGGACGGAGUAUCUUUACAUAUCUCUACAUUUCAACAGUGGUCACACUUAACUACGCAUUUUAGUUGUAGCUCGGUGUCAGCAAAGCAUAUAGGUUUUAUGCAAAAUAUGAUGGGUGUCAUCCAGGUAAAUGUGUUUUACUAGACAAGUACAUCCUUCACGGUCCAUGAAGUAAAAAAACGACCAUCUUGAACUAGCUUUACUUGCACAGUCUUUUUCUUUUUUUAGUCAUGCACUUAAUUGUAGUUAAUUUAAUAAGAAGUGUGUCCCUGUGUGUCACGGCCUCUUCAUAAAUGGGGUAUGCUUUCUGCGUCACCUUUUUCUGGAGUAGCUGUAGAUUCAAUCUCUGCACAGUUUAGUAAAACACUCAUUGACUUUAUCUGAGCUGAGAGAAACACACUUUAUAUUUUAGUGCAUAUUCUGUAGUCUUGGGGCACAAUGGGGGACCCACUUCACACUGCAGGUUUUGUAAAAUGCAUUUAAGCGCCCGAGCCUUCAAAUUAACGCCAAUGUUUUUGUUUUAAUAAGUGCAUUUUGCUUUAACACGUAACACUAACGAGUCCAGCUCAUUCCAUUGUUCCCGUCAUUUUCAUUCAGUCACAUGUUUGGGGUCGUAGGUCGUUGUAUGCAAUCUUUUAGGGUGCAUUUUGCUUCACAGAAAAUGAUCCCUCAUUGACUUGGGGUCAGCUACAUUGUGCGGAGCAACAACCAGUCAACUAAAACCUUCACUUUGCGUGAGGGUGUUGAUGUGACACGAAGAGAGAAGUUGUUUUUUCGUGCCGUGCUCGGAGCCGAAUGCUUCGGCGUCCCGUUUCCUGUACUGCAGUCAAACCGCUUGUUGGCUUUGCAGCGAGCCGACGAUUCAGCCGCGAAGGGGACCCACGCGGUGAUGAAAAUGAGCGUCCAAGAACACACUGAGGUGUCUGAGAGCCGAGCUGUUUGCUAACCCGCCCUGUAUCUGCACCCAGUGGUUUUCAUUUGUUAUCAUCGCAUCAAAUCAUUGAUCUGCCUUUUUGUUCAUUUUGUUUUAAUGAAACUGUCAUACUAAUGUAAAGUUGUACAAGAGAAUGCUAAUAAAUGAGUGAAAAUGUACAAUGUUGUGAAACGUCUAGAUAUUAACCAUAUGCUUUUGAUUAUUGUUUUUCUACACGUGCCCUCUG